AUGCGGGGUCCACAGCUCUCCCUCUUUUAUGAGCUUGAAGCCUUCCACAACAUCAUUUCUCUCAAACUAGCCAUUGGGGAAGACCGUGAUAACUCUCUCUCUUCCCUCUCCCGCCCAACCCCUCCCCUCCUUCCACCUUCUUUCAAAACCCUAAGCCCUCCCCGCCAAAACAUUAUCCCCAACCCGCAUUCUCACAAAAACCCCAACUUCGAGUCCCUCAAGAACCGUCAGAUCCGCCAACUCGACGUGGGCCACCUCAACCAUGCACUCUCCUCCCUUGAUCUCAUGACCCUGCAAAACGCCCCACCAGACCUCACCACCUACUCCAUCCUCCUCAAGUCCUGCAUCCGAUUCCGCAACUUCCAACUCCGGAAACUCGUCCACCGGAAGCUAAUUCAGUCUGGACUUGAGCUCGACUCGGUUGUGUUGAACACUCUGAUCAGCUUGUACUCCAAACGUGGCGACACCGCAACCGCUAGGUUGAUUUUUGAGGGAAUGGAAAAUAAGAGAGACUUGGUUUCAUGGAGUGCGAUGGUCUCAUGUUUUGCGAUUAACAGCAUGGAGUUGCAAGCAAUUUGGACAUUUUUUUAUUUUCUCGAAUUGGGUUUUUACCCAAAUGAGUAUUGCUUUGUGGUCGUGAUUCGGGCUUGUUCAAUAGUUGGGGAGAUAAUUUAUGGGUUUGUGGUUAAAACCGGGUAUUUUGCUGCUGAUGUGUGUGUUGGGUGUGAAUUGAUUGAUGUGUUCGUGAAGGGUAGUGGUGACUUGGGCUCAGGUUAUAAGGUGUUCGAGAAAAUGCCAGAGAGAAAUUUGGGUACUUGGACUUUGAUGAUAACUAGAUUUGCGCAAUUGGGUUGUGCCAGAGAUGCGAUUGAAUUGUUUUUGGAUAUGGAAUUGAGUGGUCAUGCACUGGAUCGGUUUACAUAUGGUAGUGUCCUUUCUGCUAGUACAGUGUCAGGAUUGUUAGCACUAGGGAAGCAAUUGCAUUCCCAAGUUAUACGUUUGGGAUUGGCUUCAGAUGUUUGUGUUGGUUGUAGCUUGGUGGACAUGUAUGCAAAGUGUACAGCAGAUGGGUCCGUGGAUGAUUUGAGGAAGGCAUUUGAUCGGAUGCCUGAGCAUAAUGUUAUGUCUUGGACCGCAAUUAUCACAGCAUAUGUGCAAAUUGGAGAGUGUGAUAAGGAAGCUAUUGAACUUUUCUGCAAGAUGAUAUCUGGCCGUGUACAGCCUAAUCAUUUCUCAUUUUCAAGUGUUCUCAAGGCAUGUGGAAACCUUUCUGAUCCUUAUAAACAUGCUUUAAGGGAAAUGGAGAAAUUUAUUAGAUAAUUCAAGGUGAAUACAGAAGACUACCCUCGGUCCAAGGGUGCCAAGGAACUGCCUCUGGCUAAAACAUUACCUUGGUACAUAUAUGGAUCUUACAGAAGCACUAACCCUUGCAUCUAAACCAAUCAACCACAAAGUAUUACAGGACAGAGAAUGAGAGUAGCUAUUGCGAGGCACUACCUUCCCUCCAAGCUGAUCGUCAUUGUCGCAUUUCGUGAAGAAAUUGGUACCCCAACUGGAUUGUUCAUAUGAUCCUCAACUGACAUCUCCCUGGAGUAUAGAGUAGGCCUGGGGGGCAUUUGCAGGAGUUCAACUUCACCUUCUAGCAUCUCCAAUGCCUUGCUCAUUGAAGGACGAUCCGUGGGAUUCAUCUGUACACACCAUAAUGCAACUAUGACUAUCUUCCGUAUAUACUUGUGUUCGUCCUCAGUGGCAUCUCCAAUUUCCAUGUCUUCUCCUUGAUCUAUUCGAUCAUAAAUCCAUGACGGGAAGUAUGUUUGGCUUUGCUCUAGACAUGUAUUUGCAUGCUUCCUUUUUUCCCACCAUUUCCAUUAAUAACAUUCCAAAACUAUACACAUCAGCUUUAUAUGAAACACCUCCAAUGUUCUUGUAGAAUAAUUCUGGAGCAAUAUAUCCUAAUGUUCCUCGA